UUUCUUUUUUGUUUGUUUGAUUGUUUGCAUGUUUACAGCAAAUAAAACGAAUAAAAUUCUUUGUUUUUUGUUUUGUUUUGAAUAAUUUUUUUUAUUAUUUUUCCGGUGAAAACGAUUCUGAACAAUUCUUACAUCAUCACGAUGUUAACAUCGAAUGUACAAUUAUUUUUAGAAAAAUUAUGGUCACAUUUCAAUCAAACAUAUUAUCGUCGAACAUCCACACAAUUACCAUCAUGUUUUUACAAUUAUUUAAUUACACCGAUAGCUAAUGUUUAUUUUUAUUAUAAUUAUUUUGAUCAGUUUUCAGAUCCAAAACUUUAUGGAUGGCCAUUAAUGGGUUCAAUUAUUGGGCCAUUAAUGAUUGUAAUCGUAUAUCUAUUCAUUGUUUAUCAUGGAUAUCAAUGGCUCAAUGAUGAAAACAAUUCAUCAUCAUCAUCAGUUCAACGUUGGAUGUUGAAAGCUUUAUCCGUAUCGAAUAAUCAAAAUUUCAUUGGCAGUGGUCAUCAUAAAGCUCAUUAUCAUCAUCAUCAUCAUCAUCACCACCACCAUCAUCAUCAUCAUGGCAAAGGGUCAAAAGGACGUGGUAUCGGAAAUGGAAAUUAUGAUUUAUCAUUCACACAUGCAAUAUGGUUUCGAGCGUUUGUUAUUGUUUAUAAUUUUAGUAUGGCAUUAUUGAAUGCAUGGAUUGCCUAUGAGCUAAUUUAUUGUGCUUGGAAAUCAAAUUAUAAUUUUCUAUGUCAAUUAGUCUAUACAGGUAGGGAUGAUCCAUAUGAAACAAGAAUCGCCAUAGCCAUUUGGUGGUAUUUUAUAUCGAAAGCAAUCGAAUUAAUCGAUACAAUGUUAAUAAUAAUUAAACGUAAAUCAAAUCAGCUUACAUUUUUACAUAUCUAUCACCAUUCAACAAUGUUUAUUGUUUGGUGGGUUGGUUCGAAAUUUGUACCCGGUGGAUCGGCAGUUACCGGUGCAUUAGUUAAUUGCCUGGUACAUAUACUGAUGUAUAGUUAUUAUGGAUUAGCAUCAUUUGGUUCAUGUUUGCAGCCAUAUUUAUGGUGGAAAAAAUAUUUAACCAUUAUACAAUUGAUACAAUUUACAAUGGGUGUUACAUUAGGCCUAAAUUCCAUACUGACUGGUUGCCCCUUUACACGUUGGAUGCAAUAUGUAUUUGUUUGUUAUGCAUUUUCAUUUCUUAUUUUAUUCGGUAAUUUUUAUCGUAAAACUUAUACACAAUCAAUUCGUAGUGGUCAGAAAAAAUCCAAAUCAAUGACAACAACAAAUUUAUCAUCAAACGAUAAUAACAUCAUUGAUGAUCAUCAAAAUAAAACAGAUGAAUCUACAAUGAUAAUCGAUAAUAAUAAAACUCAACGAAACAAAUCUGUUAAUUCCAAAUUAUCACAACGUAAACGUAACAGUCACAGUAAUAAUAAUAAGAAGAAACAAUCAUUAUUGAAUAAAAAAUAAUUGUGAUAGUCAUUUAUAUAUCUAGGAUGCUAAAUUUUGUUUUGUUUCAAUUCUAGUUAUCAACCAAUGUGU